AUGGUCUGGGAUGCAUUCAAGGAUAUCGAGAUCAAGGCAACAAAUGAACGCUUCUACUCAGUGCUAACAGACGUUCCGAAUUGGCCACAAUGGGAUGUCGACCUCGAAAAAUCAUUCCUCAAAGACCCUUCAGCUCCUGCUAAGGAAGGUGCUCCAGGCCACCUCAAAAUGAAGAAUGGGCGUGAGUUUGAUUUCAAUUUGGGACGUCUCGAUCCUACUGGAUACACUUGCUAUAUAACUAAAUUGCCUGGAGCGAGUGCUGAAUGGUAUUGGGAUUACUCAAAGAGGAAUGGAGAUGUUGCUACUGUGAGAAUGGGUGUCAAGUUUACUGGAUUUGCUACCUUUAUAUAUAAGGCAUUGCUGGCUAAGGAAGUUGCUGUUGCUUUUGAUAACUGUGUGCCAGAGUUAAAAAAGGCGGAUGUUGAUGAACUCGACCACAGACGAAAGCUUGCAUCACAAUUUCUGGAAACCGAUCCAGGCGUGAUCAGACAGAGAGAGCAAGGAAAAUUGACUCCUCGUGAACGGAUCGCUCUACUCAUCGACCCAAACACGGCCUUGCGUGAAUUCGGAUCUGUUGCUGGAAAAGGACACUACACAAACAACAAACUGGUUGACUUUACACGUGCAAAUUUCGUCACUGGACGAGCAACCGUCAUAUCGAGGAAUGUGGUUGUAGGAGCCGAUGAUUUUACUGUUAGAGGUGGACAUGCUGAUGGUGCCAUAUGGAGAAAACAGUUGUAUGGAGAGCAAAUGGCUCGAGAAUAUCGAAUCCCAGUGAUUCGACUUAUUGAUGGUUCGUCAGGUGGUGGUUCCGUUACCACCAUCCUCAAGAACGGAAGUUCGCCAUUGCCGCACCAGGUGAACUUUCCGACGAUGAUCAAUCUGUUGCAGGAUGCACCGGUCGCGGCCGCAGUACUCGGUCCAGCUGUUGGUAUGGGCGCUGCUCGGGCAACGCUGACUCACUUUACCGUCGUAUGCCGCGGACUCGGGCAACUCUUCGCAGCAGGCCCACCCGUCGUGUAUUCAGCCUGGCAUGUACGACUAUCCAAGGAAGAACUAGGCGGCGCGGAUGUACACAUCCCCAACGGAACAUUCGACAACGAAGCCAUCUCAGAACUGGAAUGCAUGAAUCAAAUCCGACAAUGGCUGUCAUAUAUGCCUCAAAACACAUCCCAUCUGCCACCUCGUGCUCCACCACCAGUCGCAAUCCCAUCUCAGGAGAGUUUACUAACUGCCAUUCCCAAGAAACAAACAAGAUCGUAUGAUCCUCGUACAGCGUACCUAUCGACGAUACUUGAUCCAAACUCGUUCUUUGAGAUUGGACGAGGUUGGGGCCAAGAAAUCAGUACUGGAUGGGGGCGGAUUGAUGGAUUUGUAGUUGGGAUUAUCGCAUCAGAUCCUCGUCAUGGAGCCGGAGCGAUGACACACAUUAGUUCACGAAAGCUCUCACGUUUCGUGCAAAUAGCAGACCUGUUCAACAUACCAAUCGUAUCUUUUGUCGACCAACCUGGAUUUGCCAUUGGCCUCAAAGCAGAAAGUGAAGCUACCAUCAGAUUUGGUAGUGGUGCAGCAGCUUCUGUGUAUCUAACACAGUUGCCAUGGUUCACAGUAAUUGUUCGAAAGGCCUUUGGAGUUGCCGGUGGUGUUAUGGUCUCUAGAGGUGACGCUAAUGCUCAAGGAGGUGGAUUGCAUGAUCGUGUUGCAUGGCCUUCAGGCUCGUGGGGCUCGCUUCCCUUGGAAGGAGGAAUCGAAGCCGCAUACAAACGUGAGCUCACGGAGGCAGGGCCGAACGCUGAUAAGCGACGCAAAGAGCUUCUGGCUCAAUUCGACGAGGUCCUAUCGCCAUACAGAUCCGCUGAACAAUUCGAUAUUGAGGAAAUUAUUUCGCCUGUCGACACACGACAAUAUCUAGUUGAUUGGGUACGAAUCAUGUAUGAGAACAGGCUGCCACAACGAUUAGCACCAGGAUUCAGAAAGCUAGGAUACUUUCCAUUCUAA